CCGGUAAGACAGGGUAAAAUUUGCUGAAGUCAACUUAUCGAUCAUUUGUCUCCUACUCUGUGCAUAAUUUAAAGGAUUUAAAGGAUAAACCCUUGGGUGCGAGGAGAUAAGCAUAGAUCAAAACUAGAAUCAGUAACAGUAACAGUACAUAGAAAUGCUGAAGGGAAAUGAAAAUGAGGGACUCUCAACCUCGCACUUUAUACAUCGUAAUCAAUCACUUCAGUACGCACCUUUCGUUGAUAAUACAAACUGGAAACCUGCAGAGUCACAAUUAUCAGCCCCCUCAACUUCUUCCAGUAUCUUGAGUUAUUGCGAGGAAAUUCCAUUCCUCGGUGACACUUCAAGGUUGUUCAAUAUCCCGGAUGAGAAGGACUGGCCAUGGGUCCCAAUUUACCAGAGGAAAAUACUACCUCUAGCUUUGCAGGGGUCAUAUCCGGAUCACGACAAAGGUCACUCUGCUGCUGGUACAACAAACAGAUCUAUUUCCGCACAACAACUCGCAAAUCAUCAACAAGGUCCGGAAAAGACGUUCACAUGUAAAAUGUGUCAUCGCCCCUUCAAGGACGCGAAGAGUGCCUACUUUCAUACGCACACCCACCUCAACUGGGACGAAUUAGAACGGAAAUCAAUUUUCCACGCAAAGUGCGAACAUUGCGACAAAAUAUUUUUAAAUCGGAAAAACUUGCAACGACACAUUAACGCUCACGAAGGUCGGAAAUAUCAUUCUUGCUCAAUUUGUGGGAAACCGUUCAGUACCGCGGACAGCGCGUUGGGUCACACGUUCUUCCACAUGAACAAAGAAGAGUUGGCGAAGGCGAGAGAGACUUGGCGACACGGUUGCUUCAUCUGCAACAAGCGAUUCAGAACGUCGCCUCUCCUCCGGCGUCAUGCCCGUUCACACGCUGAAGAGACGUACUUCCUCGACAAAGGACAGUUUGACCUAAACUACCUCCAAGGAGCAAAUCUCGAACCGGUCAAAUACUUAGAGGAGUCUUUCUCACACAUCAAUUACUUGACCACCCAUGCCAAGAUUAUCCAAAAGGUCAAAGCUGUCACCUGUGCCAAGUGUGGCAAGAAGUUCAAUUCAAACAGUGCCAUGGUUCUGCAUCUGAACGGUGUCCAUUUAAAAUUGCGUCAUCCGUGCCCCCAAUGCGGAAAAAGCUUCACUCAAAAGGGAAAUCUGGGGUCACAUUUGAAGAGAUUUCAUCCCAUGGAGCGAUUUGAAAAUAUUCAAUUCUAAUUCUUCCUGAUUCCCAAUUCAAAUUGAUUUCAUGCCAAUUCGCAAGUAUAAAUACAUGCAAAUGUAUGGUUAAGUUAAUAGUACAUAGAUACUCUUAAUUGUUACAUAGAACUAUAUAGUUAAAUGUAGCAAUCUAAUGUAACCUACAUAGAUUUAUAGUAAAUCUAGUUUGUUUUAUAAAAAUUGCGAUUAAAAAAUUGCAGUUUACUAAUUAAAGAAAACCUUGAGGCUGUAUAUGCAAUGCAUAUUAUGCACGCUGUGAUUUGUUAUUUCAAUUAGUUUUAGUUAAGAUCGCAUAGUAUUUAUGUACCGUGAACAUCAUGUUAAAUAAAGGGUUUUAUUUAAUUCCCAAAACAAUGAUUUAAAAAAAUACUCCUGAA